AAAUCCCUUAGAACUGGACUACUUUAUCUCAGAAAUUGUCUGCAGUUGCUGAAGUGCUUCACAGAGUAUGUAUCAGGCAUUUUAACCUGCUAAAGGCAAGAAGAAGGGUUUGCCACAUAGUUCCAAAGGUCUUCCACUUACCACAGCCGUCAGAGAAAGCAAAAUGAUCGAGCCCAUUGGGAAUCAGUACGUUGUGGCCAGGCCCGUAUAUUCUGCAAAUGCUUUUGGGGAAGAACAUAAGAAAAAACACAGAUAUCAUAAGACGUUUCUGGAUCAUCUCAAAGUGUGUUGUAGCUGUUCCACACAGAAGGCCAAGAGAAUUGCCCUGUCUUUGCUCCCCGUAGCCUCUUGGUUGCCAGCAUACCGGGUUAAGGAAUGGCUACUCAGUGACAUUGUUUCUGGAAUCAGCACAGGGCUGGUGUGUGUCCUGCAAGGUUUAGCAUAUGCUUUGCUUGUCACCGUCCCCCCAAGCUAUGGGUUGUAUGCAGCCUUUUUCCCAAUCAUAGUCUACUUUUUCUUGGGCACUUCUAGACACAUAUCUGCGGGUCCAUUUCCAAUUCUGAGUGUCAUGGUGGGAGCAGUGGUUAUGAGAUUAACCUCAACGGCCAGUCCAGAUGCUAUGAAUUCCUCUAAUAGCUCAAUGAAUAAUGACACGUCACUAGAUGAGCAUAAGGUCAUGGUGGCUGCAAUGGUCACAAUUCUUUCUGGAAUCAUGCAGUUGGUCAUGGGGGCUCUGCAGGUGGGAUUCAUGGUGGUGUAUCUGUCUGAAUCCCUAAUUAGUGGCUUCACCACAGCUGCAGCUGUUCACGUUUUGGUUUCCCAACUCAAAUUUAUUCUUCAGCUGGAUGUCAAGACAUACACUGAUCCAUUUUCAAUUUUCAAAAUACUAAAUUCCAUAUUCACACAAAUAGAGAAGACUAAUAUUGCAGACCUUGUGACGUCCUUGACUGUCCUUCUCAUUUUAUGUGUGGUUAAAGAGAUAAAUGAGCGAUACAAAGCCAAACUUCCAGCGCCCAUCCCAAUUGAACUCAUCAUGACUGUGAUCACAACAGGUAUAUCCUAUGGCUUUGACUUCAAAAACAGGUUUAACGUGACUGUGAUUGGGGAGAUGGAAAAAGGAUUUCCGGCCCCUGUUACACCUGACAUGCAGGUUUUCAAAGAGACCAUCGUCGAUAGCUUCAGCAUUGCCAUCGUUGGCUUCGCAGUAGCCUUCUCGGUCGCCAGUGUCUAUUCCCUCAAACACGAUUAUCCAAUUGAUGGCAAUCAGGAGUUAAUAGCUUUGGGGUUAAGUAAUAUAUUCACUGGAUCAUUCAAAGGAUUUGCCUCGAGUACGGCCCUCUCCAGGUCGGCAAUUCAGGAGAGCACUGGAGGCAAAACACAGGUUGCUGGGCUUCUCUCUGCUGUUAUCGUGCUGAUUGUAAUUGUAGCCCUUGGAUUUCUUCUGGAGCCAAUGCAAAAGUCUGUCUUGGCAGCCUUAGCACUUGGAAACUUAAAGGGAAUGCUGAUGCAGUUCACGGAGAUACGAAGACUGUGGCGAAAGGAUAAGUAUGACUGUCUAAUUUGGAUCAUGACCUUCAUCUUUGUCAUUGUCCUGGGACUCGGUUUAGGCCUGGCAGCUAGUGUGGCGUUUCAGCUCCUGACGAUCGUGUUCAGGACCCAAUUUCCAAAAUGCAGCACACUGGCUAACGUUGGAAGGAGCAACAUCUAUAAAAAUAAAAAAGAUUAUUCUGAAAUGUAUGAACACGAAGGAGUGAAAAUUUUCAGAUGUCCAUCUCCUAUUUACUUUGCAAACAUUAAUUUCUUUAGACAGAAACUUAUCGAGGCUGUUGGCUUUAGUCCACUUCGAAUUCUACGCAAGCGCAACAAAGCCGUGAAGAAAAUAAAAAAACUGCAGAAGGCAGGCCUGCUACAAGUGACACCAAAAGGAUUUAUAUAUACCAUUGAUGGCUUGAAAGACUCUGACGAAGAGAUGGACAACAAUCAGAUAGAAGAACUGGAUCAGCCAAUCAAUACCGCGGACCUGCCUUUCCAGAUAGACUGGAAUGCUGAUCUUCCUCUCAAUCUCGAGGUCCCUAAAAUUGACCUGCAUAGCCUUAUUCUGGAUUUUUCAGCAGUGUCAUUUCUUGACGUUUCUUCAAUGAGAGGUCUCAAAAGGAUUUUGCAAGAAUUUAUCAGGAUAAAGGUAGAUGUGUAUAUUGUUGGAACUGAUGAUGAUUUCAUUGAGAAGCUUGCACGGUGUGAAUUUUUUGAUGAGGAAGUAAAGGACUCGAUAUUUUUCUUAACAAUCCAUGAUGCUGUUUUACAUAUUUUGAUGAAGAAGGAUUACAGUACUUCAAAGUUUAAUUCCAGUCAGGCAAAAGAAACAAAAUUUGAUUCUAUCAUAAACACAAAUGGAGGAUUACGUAACAGGGAAUGUAAGGUACCAGAUGAAACAAAAUUCUAAUUAAAAUAUAAUUCAAAGGGAGCCUCAUCUGACUGUCACACAUAGAACAACUUUAUGCCCAGAAGGUUAUUGAUAUCAUGCAUUGUAUGAAGAAUAUUUUUGACAGAAUUAUGUUUCAAACUUUGGAACGAGAUUGUUCUAGCAUGGUAUAUUUUUCACAUAUCUAGUAUAAAAUUAUGUAAAUACUCUUAAUUUUAUAGCUUGUAGAUUUAUCAAAGGAAGAAAAUGUUUUUGUUUAUAUGUAUUUUUAUAGCACUGACAGAUUUCCAUCCAAGUCACUAUCUUCAUGCACGUUUUACAGUGUAUUUACACCACUGCUUUGAAUCUUGUCAUUUAUACUGCCCAUACUUGUAUGUCUCCACUUAAAAAAAAAUU